AUGAGUUUCUUUAGAAGCUCUAGUCCAGGAGGUGCCUCUACCACAAGUAGGGCAGACCAGAAAUUAGCUUCACGCGCCGCUCUUCAUGCUGCCAACGAUAAUAAUAAUAACUCUGCCAAUUCUAAUUCUAAUUCUAAUUCAAAUUCAAAUUCGAAUUCGAAUCCAAAUUCUAAUUCUAAUUCAAAUUCAAAUUCAAAUUCUAAUUCUAAUAACCUUCUGCCAACUACAUCUUUAACUAAUACUACUACAUCCAACACAGCUGCUUUUGCCUUUGCGCCUGCCACCACAACCUCUUAUCCAAGUUCUCCUAGACCAAGGUCAAUAGCCAAUUUUAAAUCCACCCCAAACUCUCCUUCUUUAUUUUCUUCCUCUUCUUCAUCUGCUACUUCUCCUCCAGCUGUCACUUCGGACAAACUUCCAAUCUCUUUGGAUGACCCCCAUUCAAACGUCCCUUACACUGAGCAUCUCUCCAAUCAUUCCAGCAAAAAAUCAGCUUCUCGCUCUUCAGGUGCUUCAAUCUAUUCUGUCAACUCAUCUUUUAAAGGUGCUCGUGCACUUCAACGCAUCUCUUCUGUCGCUUCUUCUGCCACAUCAUCACUCUUUAAAACUCAGCUCUUUGGUGGAUCUAAUUGCAAUAAUAACAGUAGCAGUAAUAGCAAUAAUAAUAAUAAUAACAACAACAACAGCACUUGUUCUAAAAAACAACAAAACUCAUCUCUAGAAAAGGACGGAUUUUUUCAAAGAUCAAAUAGCACAGGAUCUUCCUCAAAGCUUUUGAAAUCUAAAAUGAGUACUUCACAUAAACAAGAUACUUUCCGGUCAUCACCUGGCUCACCUGCAGUCCCAGUAAAUAUCUCUUUCCAACAAAAAACGCAGCAACAACAGCAACAGCAACAGCAACAGCAACAGCAACAGCAACAGCAACAGCAACAGCAACUUCAACAGGGUUCGCCACUUACUUCUCCGCAAAAUGCAAAUAUUUCUCCUCUUCAUCAACAACUACCACCUCUUUCUACAUCCUCCUCUCCAAUCCAAUACCCUUCAUCAGCUACUCAUAGUCCAUUUAUUGUUCCUGCAAACGUCUCCACGAUCUCAGACACUCCUCCAGCCUUUAUCACUCAGCAACACAGAUCUAGACACCCAUCUGUUUCAUCCACUCUUUCCAUCUCUCCUGUUACUUCUCAUCAAUCUUUUUCAAAAGCCUUUGAACCACGAGUAUUAGCAGCAGCAGCAGUAGCAGCAACUACUCCAACAUCAACUCCAGUAACAGUCUCCAACUCUAUUGUCCCUCCUCUUCCACAGCAACAUUCAGUAAUUCCACCACCAAUCUUUAAAACUCAUAUGGAACAAUACACCCAGUUGAAUGCAAAUACUACAGGAACAGCGGCAGCAGCGGCAGCAGCGGCAGCACCUGCAGCAGCAUCUGCAUCAAGUUACCCCACUUCCCAUAUUGCUUCUAAUCAACUGCCUUCUCCACCUUUCCAUUCUCCAGAUGAUUCUGUCACCCUAGAUGACCCGCUACAGCAACAACUGAUACAGCUUUUGCGUGCACAACAGCAUUUGAAUGAACAGCAACAACAGCAACAACAGCAUCCAUUUCAUCCACCACCCUCUCAAGCGGUACAUGUUCCAACACCAUCAUCUACAACUUCAUUCUCCAUUCCAGACUCAUCAACUCUUCCACCACCACCUUCCUCUGAAUUCAUCGAUACAGUCAUUGCACGUUUCCCAUUUACUCCUCCAAAUGCAUACUCAUUGGAACUUAAACCAGGUGACGUGAUCAAGGUACUUCUGAAGCUUGAUGGCUGGUGGGAUGGCGUCAACUCCCAAGGCCAACGGGGCUGGUUCCCCUCAAACCUCACGUUGCCACUCUCUGAAAACCAACUUCAGUUUCUCAGCAAUGGCGCCCAACCCGAUGUUGUUGCUGUUUCAGAUAAACAAGAUUCGCGUAGUCCCUCUAUGGGGUCUCAUAGCAACCUCUCGCAGUCACAACUACGUACUGUAAGCAGCUCCAGCAGCCUCCAUAGCACGGCAAGUGCCCGAAAAGAUUUUGAUCUUUCACAAGCUCCAGGUGCGUUUACACAUCAGCGCCCACAUCAGCAGCCGCCUGCACUAUCUGAAGUCUCUGCUCCGUUGCCAAUCCAGCAACCAGUUGCAGGGGCUCCUGACUCGAUUGAUAAUUUCAAUUCGUUUUUAAACUUUUCUCCAAACCAAGCGUUGCCAUCUUCUACAGUAUGUUCGUCACCUUCACCAUCCUCUUCUAGCCACAGCAUUCACAAUAAUAUUACACCCACUGCUGUUGCUGCUACUGCAGCAGCAGCAGCAGCAGCCGCCGCCGCCACCACCACCACCACGGCUACCACCACCUCAAACUCUGGCACUACUGUUAACCCAGGUGCUGCAAAUACUUCACCCGGGGCUUAUUUUCCAUCUUCGCUUGACCCAAAGGUCACUACAACUUACCAAGCCACAAUGGACCAGCUUGAUCCUUUGGCAGUCUCAGGUGCGGCGGCUUCUAAACAAUUUCACCUGGCUCAGCAACAGCAGUCACAACCCCAACAUCCGCUACUUUCUCAGUAUGCGCCACCACCUUUACCACAACCACCAUCAUCUAACCACGUUACUCUUAACUCCGCUGCUACUGCUGCUGCUGCUGCUGCUGCUACACUUACAUCAAAUCCAUCCAACCUUACUCCUUCAACUUUCCCUGGCAGAAGACACAACCCAGUGUUCAACAACGUUUUCGAAUCUACUCCCAUACAGCCGGACAUGUCUUCGGUUAGCUCCCGCAGCCUUAGUGGCGUUGGGGGAAGCAAUGAUAACUCUCGUAAAGGAUCUAUUGUGUCCUUCAUGUCGUCAAAUUCCAGAAACGAUGACUCUGAAAUUUCAUUUUCGGAAACUCUCAAUCUUUCCGAUUACCGCUUCGUCGAGGCUGAUACUCUUUUAAAGCUCUCCCAAGGUGACUCGAAUCCGUUGCUUUCCGAACACCGAACUUUUUGGAACCCUUACUCUAAUAGCCAGACAAAGCUUUUUUUUUACAACCCCCAGCUUAAACUCAUUACAAAUAAUAUUCCAUUUGAAAGCGUUUCAAGGGCCCAGGCGGCCACUCUCGCUUCAAUGCCUCUCCCUACAACUUGUCCAGGACCUAAAGAUUUGUCUUCAGUCAGCGAACAUCCAACUAUUUCUCUGACAUCUCUUGAUGGCGGGAACCAAGUGUCGCCCCCGAUUAUUAAAUCAUCGGGCGAUCCUUACAAAGAAUUGCUCUACAAGUACUCUCAAAAAAAUUAUGAGUACAACAAGAACCGUACUCGCUCAGAUUCGGAAUACUCCAUCACCAGUUUGUCCAGCUCUCUUUCCAUCCCCUUUAAGUAUACAGAUAAUAUCGAACAUCUCAAAACAUGGUCCAGCAUCGUGGGCCGUUUGGAGCUAAUUGCCUCCAAUAUGUUGUCUAGUCUUAGCAGCAGAGACUUUAAUGGCAUUUCCAACUCUUACGACUCCUUCUCCAACAUUAUCGCCCACAUCAGUUACAUGUCUGGCAUUCCUCCUAGCACAGUUCCAGCUUCUAUUCCUUCCAACCGCGAAAUCUCCCGCACUUAUCGUCGAAUGGUGACUUGUCUUUCCAAACUAGGCUUGUCUGCCGACAUUGCUAAAGACAAGUCUGAAGCUUUUACCGAGUUUUUGAAAAAACCCCGCUCUAGCUCCGUGAUUUCAACUCACAGUCUCGGAUCCCUAUCACAAUCAAGCAACUCAACCCUCAGUGGAGACCGCAAGUUUUCCAUCAUUUCCGAGCUAUCCGAAUCCGGCGAAGAUGCCGACCCUUACAAGCUUUGUGCACGCGACACAAAAAUGCUUCUAAAAUGCACAAAGGCUUUUAUCAAGCAGUUUAAGCAAACUCUUCGUACAGGAAGUGUGUCUACAGGAAGUGGCACCAACUCUAGUUCUGGAGCUCUCCCAGUCUCUUCUUCUUCAGAAUAUGCAAACUCUGAAUUUAGCAAUGAUGACUCUGCAUCCAUCACCUCGCGUGGCAGUAUUGAUUCUCAAGCAUCUAUCUCUUACCCUGUCAAGAGGUUCCGAGCUGGUACUUGGUCUAACACUAACAUUAGCCCCACAUCACCUAGUGGAGUGCCAGGAGCACCACGCCCGCCACGCCGUGCCUCCAUCGUUCCUCUCGAAGCUUACGACUCUAUAAUUCCACUAGAUUAUGUGGUUGUCACUGUUCUUGAGCACCAGCGGUCCAUGGUGUUAAAUAUUUUGCGUCAAAUCUUCAGUCUCAUCAAUAACAAAAGACCUUAUGAUUCUACUACAAAGACACCUUCCCACAUGUCUACACCUGCAUUACCUAACAAUCCCCCAUACCAAGUAGCCCCUGCAGGCACGUCUGCCUCCUUUUCCGAUUUGAAGGCAGCCGCAGCUAUUCGUUCAAAUUCUGAAAAGUCAUAUCUUGAUAUGAAGGAAGACCGCAGGGUUUUGUUUGUUUCUUCACUUAACGCUUUAGUGGCUAUUGUUACAAACAUUUCCAACUUACUUGAGUCGUUGGACCUUUCAGUCUACCAAUCUUGCAUGCACUCACUGCACAAGCAUACAGGCGACUGUAGCAACUUUUACUCCCAAGUCGCUUCUCCUUCUAACGUGCAGUCUCUUAUUUUGCUUUACGACUUUUUGAAUGUUAAGCAGACCAUAUAUGAUGAGUUGCUGGGAUUUCUGGCUGCAGUUCAAAGCAAUGACAUUUUGGAAAAAGACUUUAUUGAGCAUUUCGCCAAUACCCUUGAGGCUACCAAGGUUUCUUCAACUCUUGUUAGCAUGGCUUCAUCUACGGAUUUGAACAGGGUAGCUGCAAACUCUGCAUCAUCUUCAAACCCUGCAUCUUGCUGUACAAAAAAGUUUACCUCUACUAACCAUGAAAUUUCGGAGGGUGCCAAGUCUUGCGCCAAUGACCAUGAACGCAUUAUCAAGAUGCGCGUCAUGGAAAUGGGUAUUGCUGUGGAUGCAGUUGUUCAGACUGCUGCCCUCCUUGCAGAAGAGCGGCCUCAAGCUCCAUUUGGAGACUCUGAAGGCCCACAAUCUGGUCCCGCGACAUCUGGGUCUGCAGUUUCUGCGCCACCAUUGUCUGAAGACACUCAAGACCCAUUGGGCUACUAUCCAAGAGAUUCAUCUCAUUCACAAACCCAAGUUUCUGGGCCAAACAAUAUCCGUUCCCGGUCGAGCAGUGUUGCUGGCCUGGAAAGUAGUGGAGGAUACAGUAUGGUGUCGUCUAAUAGCUCUGCUUCCAAGGUAAGCAGCAAAACUGAAACCCCAUGGUUUUUAAAGGUUGAUCAUGCGGAUGAGCUUAUUUUUGAUGGCAAGAAUCAUGUCAAAGGAGGAACGCUUAUUGCACUUGUUGAGCGAUUAACUCAGCAUGAUUCGCGCGAUGCAGCAUUCAUUGACGCCUUCUUACUUACAUUUCGGAGUAUGAUGUCGCCGCAGCAGUUGUUUCAAAUGCUAUUGAACCGUUAUACCAUUCAGCCACCUGCAGGGCUUACGUCUGAUGAGUUUAAUUUGUGGACAGAGCGAAAGCAAAAGCUGAUUCGGUUUCGAGUGAUUAACAUUUUGAAACGAUGGCUGGAUGAGUUUUGGUACGAGGAUCCCAAUAGUAAACCAAUCCAGAUUUUGUUGCAGUCUAUGAUGAACUUUACAGUCGAGCUCAAGCACCAAAAUUCCCCCGUGUAUGAGCAGAUUCGCAAUCAGAUUGAAAUCAAAAUGAAGAUGGAUAAGGCCACGCAUAGACGUAUAAUCCAAAAUACCCCUACCACACCUCCUGUGCCCAUCUUGCCUCGCAAUCUCAAGAAAAUCAAGCUUUCGGAUCUCGAUCCGCUCGAGCUUGCCCGUCAGCUUACUCUUCGGGAGUUUAAGUUAUUUGAGCAAAUCACUCCCUUUGAGUGUCUUACACGCCGGCAAAGCAAAAACAAGACCCGAAACAAUACGCUAGAGGGUACACCCCAUAUUGAUGACUUUAUCCAAAACUCAAACAACUUGACCAAUUGGGUAUCUGCCAUGAUUUUGACAUACACUGAGCCAAAGAAGCGCGCACAAGCCAUCAAGUACUUUACCAAUGUGGCGGAAUAUUGCCGACAACACAAUAAUUUUUCGUCUAUGAUGGCAAUCAUUUCAGCUCUUUCUUCGGCCACAAUUCAUCGAUUAAAGAAGACAUGGGUGCUUGUUUCUGAGAAAACCAUGUUUGUGCUUGAAAAUAUGAAGCGCAUUAUGAAUUCUUCGCGCAACUUUAACGAGUAUCGUGAUAUUAUCCGGUUGGUUAUUCCGCCUGUGAUUCCGUUUUUUGGCGUGUGCUUGACAGAUCUUACAUUUUUGGAGGAUGCUAACUCGGAUUACUUGCACGAAGAUUCCAACAUGAUUAAUUUCAGCAAACGGAUGAAGUCUGCAGACAUUAUUAGCAGAAUCAUGCGGUACCAGGUUGUACACUACCCAUUUCAGGAGGUGGCAGAAAUCCAAAGCUUGUUGACGGCGGGAUACUCGCAGGCAGAGCCCAUUGACUCGCAGUACGAUUUGUCACUUACGCUGGAGCCUCGUGUGAAUACUGACGAGCGCGUAACCAAGUUGCUGGAAGAAACUGGGUUUUUGUAA